AUGAUGGGAAGUGAAUCGGGCGAUUCUAUAUUACAGGAAGACAUAGAGUUUUAUGGUUCCGUCCAACAUUACACAAACAACCGAGCAGAUCUAACAUCGGCUGAUCCCGGAUUCUAUCCAUAUGGUAUACCAGUUGUGAAGCGUAACGACAUCCGCAACAUGGCAUAUAUGGACACGGCCUCCACUGAGGUGUACUUAUCGCAAAAUGUCGUCAGAGGAGACCCGGACACGGCAAUAGAUUCUGAAAGCCUCUUGACGGUAUCCUUACCGUACGACGAUGAGUGUGACACUGAUUACGAACACUCUGGUGGCGAAUCGAGCCUCUCAAGCCGAUACGCGCUACAGGGUCAAGAGAAAGAAGACGAAAGCCGAUCCACUGACACGCAACAGAAGCCAUUUUCAAUCAACAUGGAGCUGGCAAUUUAUAUGCUCAUAUUCGUGAUAACGAAUUCUGCCCAACCUCUGCUGAUAUUUCUGUUGAGACAGAAAGGAGGAACUCCAAAUGGAACGUACACAUUCCUCAUACCGACCUACAUGGCCAUGAUCUGCGUAGGGUACUACCCUACCACAAAAAGCAUAUGGGAGGAGUCAUGGUCAUACCCCCUAAUGCUAUCGGGGCUGGAUAUCGUACACCAGGUUGUGGAAAAAGCCGGACUCGUGGCGUGUGGGCCGUCAAUCUACACUAUCGCAUCUAGUACAAAUACCAUGUUCUUGGCUUUACUGUCUAGCGUGGUGUUGCGGAAAAGAAUCUCUGGGAUGACGUGGGCAUCCAUAUCGCUCAUCUCGGGCGCCAUAGCAAUUAGCGGAUUGACGCAGAUCGAGGAGAUCACCACUACACAAAUAGUGGGAUUCUUCUUGGUUGUCAUCGCGGCGCUAGUCAACGCGUUCAACUCCAUCAUUAGUGAAGACCUGCUACGAAAGAAAAAAAUAGAGGGACCGAACCUGGUGUGCAUGAUGGGUAUGAUAUCGCUGACGAUAUUCUUUGUAUGGUCACUGAUAUUCACUAUCCCUCAACGACACAUGCUAUUCGACUCGAAAAGCGCAAUGAACCCCUUCGAUCUAUCGAGCGUCCUCAGCAUACUGUUCGUUCUCUUCAUCUCGAAUUUCUUCCGUUCGUCUGUCUACUAUUAUAUAGUCAAGGAGGCCGGAUCGGUAUGCUGCGGUGUCCUCAAGGCCGUUCGCAUUAUCAUCGUUGUCGCUGGUAGUCACGCACUCUUCUCGUACGCGGAUAAGUCGCAAGUUAUGACUACCGGGAAGGUCAUAUCAUCCAUAGUGUGCUCGCUCGGAGUCAUCAUGUACUCGGUGGAGCACGCCAGCAUCCCGAAACCGAAGGAUGCGUGA